AUGUUUCGUGGACUGCGUCGACUGGAGUGUUCUAUUAGAGCCAAUCUGCUUCAUGCUGUGUCAUAUGAAAUGAAAGUCCCCUCAAGAAUGGCAUUUCAUGAAGCUCAUCGAAACCCAGCUACUCUUCAUUGUCUCGGAGGAGGGCGUUUAGGCGGCCUGCCUGAGGUACUUUUGCCCACUGGUCUGGCCGACUCUCUAGCACUCAGUCACUCGUCUUCCUUCUCUUCCCAGGUGGACGCCAGCUGCCUGAGGCCCAUUCUCGACGCCCAGGAGUUCCCCAGAGUGGCGCACGGCACAUACUACAAGAACUGGGAGAAGAUCUGCAAAGAGGGCCUCAGUCGGAUGGGCCGGACGCAUAUCCAUUUCGCGCCCGGCGAAGUCGGCGAGGAGGGUGUUAUCAGCGGGAUGCGUGGCAGCGCCGAGAUAAUCAUCUACAUAGACUUGAAAAAAGCCUUAGCAGGUACGUCAAACUGGCUCUGCAUGUUAUGUGGUCGCUGUGGCACAGGAUUGUCGUAG